ACGUGGAUGAUUAUAUGAGACAAACAUGCUUCAAUUCUAUGCCGUAGCAAAUUACCACAGUAUCAUUGUAAACCGUCAGGUAUCAAUUCCUUUGUAUUAAUCAACUGAUCAACUGCGGCAACUGAUCACAGACGCUGCUUUUAGUCACGGUGUGCCGUCACGACUUGCAACAUGCAUUGACUAUAAUGCAUAUCUCACAUAAGCAACAUCAUAGCAGCAGUCCGUCUAUUAGAUGGUUAGCACAGAAGCUGUCAGCCACAAUUACAUGUGCUAACUGGAUUCCCAGCGAGCGCAGAGUACAACGCACCCAACACAAUUAACACUGAUCCCGCCAGUCUUCGACAAGCCAGGUCACGCUGGGCCUGGCUGGUGGUGAUUAGUCGGGUGGCACAGGUUAGGGACGUGUAAGGCGCCUUUAUAGGGGCUGACCUAUUUCUGUCUACUUCUGGGUCUCGGGGUGCACUCCGCACCUGGCCGCUCUCUUACUUUCGAAAAGUCACUUAUCCCCGUGUUUUCACUACCAGCACAACCAAUUUGUGGAUCGCCUUGUAAUGGGGGAGGAUACGUCACACUGUACAUGUUUGGACAUUUGCAUCCGAUAAUGAUGUUUUUUGACACAUUAAUGAACUCUGUCAGUGACAGUAUGUGACCAUGCCAUCUCACUUUUCACAGUCUGAAACAGGCGGCAGGAUCGGGUAUUAACUCGCCUGCUGCAUUGUCCUUUUCUCAGUGUUUACCAGGGCGGAACACCCGCUGUUCAUUUCGAUGGUCUUGCAGACUUUGCACCGAACUGCCUGCUGUCUCAGGUAAAAGGAGAAAGCAACUGCUGAUUUACUGCCCAUGAGAAAUGAAUCUGUGACUAUGUAUGCAGACUUGUAUGAUCCAGACAACGGCUCCCUUGCUGAAAGUAGCUUGUGUGGACCUCUUAGAGCGUCUCAUGAUCUGGUGACCAUGUUUCCUGACAAUGACAGCGGAUUUGGCUCAUACAAAGCUAAAAGCUGCCUUCUUACAUCAGAAGACUUUUCUCCACCACCAUCACGAUUAACCCGCUCAAACUCACUAACACGAUUGAACAGUAGGUAUGCCCAUGACACAUCAGAAAAUACAUUUUUCAUGUCUGAAAACCAUGAUAGGACAGUUCACAGCCUCCAGAAUGCUCUUGAAGACAGUGAAACUAGGAGAAAUGUUCUCAUGGAUAAACUGAAGGAGGCUCAGGCCACUCUUCAGCUGCAGAAUGAGAGGCUAACUAAAAUAGAAAAUGCUGCCAGUGAUAACAAUGCUAUGGGAGAUCUGAAAUUUAAGGAGAGGGAGUACAGGCUUAAAAUUACACAGCUGCAGCGUGCGGAAGAGGAAAAGCAAGCACUACAGCAGGAAAAUGUGCGGCUCAGACAGGAAAUGCAAGCCAGAAUUGAUAUAAUGGACUGGCAGUUGAAUUCCCUGAAGUCACAGCAUCACAAUGUGGAACAUGAGAACAGUCAUCGUGGCUCACUUCUUGAUCAUACCACUCAGACUUUGUCACUUCUUGAACAGGAAAAUACAAAAUUUCAGAAGGAAUGUGACAGGCUACGUGAUGAACUGAGAGUAGUGCGUGAGGCAUGUGAGCUGUCAAAGAACCGUGCCCAGGCACUUGAGGCUGAGAGCAAGUCAUAUCGUUUGGAGGCUGACAAACUACGCCAGGAAAAUGUCAGUCUCACUGGUCGAAUUCAAGAAAUGGCUGGACAGAUGACUGAACUGAGAAACCUUCUGCAAGCUGUAAAGGAUGACAACGAGCAACUCUCAUCAUCCUGGAAGUUAGCUAGUGAGGAUAAACAUCGAGUUUCAAGAAGAGCAGAGGACUAUCAGGAAACUAUUGCAGACUUAAAGUCACGACUGACAGCAGUAACAAGUGAUAAAGAUCGACUGUUUCAUGAUCGCUUGGAUCUAAACCGACGUCUACAGCAGUUGAUGUUAGAGAAGGAACAACUGCUGAAGACCAAGAUGUGCCUGGAAGAACAGCUCUCAGAGCAGAAAUACAUGCCAAAGCUCAUUCCAAGGCUGUUUGAAAAAAAGACGUCGGAGAGGAACUUUCUGCUGUUAAAAAGGUUGGUAAGCGAGGAUCUGUCAUCUGAACUUGCAACUGUUAGGGCAUUUUAUGAACGUGCUCUGGAGCAACUGAGUACUUCUGAGAACAACAAGAGGCUGCAGCAGCAACAUCUAGACCUGGCUCAGCAGGAAGCACGACGACUUCAACAAGAAGUUGACAGACUUUCACAAAUGCUGGGAGAUCGUCACUCUGUCGAUCAGCAAGAAAGGCAGCAUCUUGAAGACACACUUUUAAAGACGCGGAGUGAACUCAAAGAUGCACGGUAUGAAAAUGAUCAACUGAGCAACAGAAUACAUGAGCUGGAAACAAAACUGCAGAAAGCUAAUGAAGGCAUACGUGGAGGCCUAGACCACUGGCAGGAAGAACUGGAAUCGUGGAAGAUGACAUGCGAUAGGCUGACAUCAUCAGUUUCUCGAAAAGAGAAUGAUCUUAAAAUGCUGGCUGACAGAUGCCAUGGUCUUGAAGAACAGUUGUCUAGAGUACAGGAAGAGCUGAGACAAUCAAGAGAAAAAUGUGAGAUGGUGUCUGACGCAACAGAGGAAGUCAAAAGGCUGAAAGAGGAGAAACGCCGCUUGUUGCAGGAGAAGGCAGAGAAUGAGCAGAUGCUACAGUUACUGGAGACACAGCGAGAUGUUCUAUCCAAAAAUACGGAGACCAGUCUGAAUCAAAUGCAGGAAGUGGAACACCUGAGUGGAAUAGUUGACCAACUGCGCAAUGAAAAUGAACUUUCAAGGCAGAGAAUAACAGAACUGGAAAAAGUACGAGACAAUCUGAUCACCCAAAAAGAGGAAUUACUGGCCAGCAGUGAACUUAUUUAUAAGACACACGAGAUGGAGGAUUUGAAGAAAAUGGAGGAGCUUCGAAGUGCCAAUAGACAGCUUCGUGACAUCAACGAGAAUAUGUCAGACAAACUGCAGGUCCUUGAACAAGAGAAUCUCCGACUUAAGCGUGCCAUAGGUGAAGGCCCAACCAAAGAGGGACCAAAAAGCUUGCAGGAAGAAAACAGGCAACUGAAAGGAGAAGUGACAAACCUAAAAUGGGAAAAGCAAAAGCUGAUAGAAGAAGCCAAUGCAAAACAAUCAACAGAGAUUCAAAAACUUCAGCGGGAAAGGGAUGCCAUGCAGAAACAGGUGCAGCUAAUUAAUGGACAACUAAACCUGGUUGAAGGCAGCAAACGCAGGACAGAGGAAGCACAGCAGCGAAUGCAGGAAGAGUUGAAGAAAGUACAGGCUGAGCUGAAAGCCAGCCAAAAUGAGUGUGCAGAGGCACAGCGUAUGUCUAGGCAAGUCAAAAUAUUGAGUGAACAACUGCAGCAGGCCAAGGCAAAGCAGGAAAACCAGGAAAAACUCAUCCACACUAUGAAGAAGGUUUUUAUGAUCUUCUUAGUGAUGAGUCAAUGGAAAGACACUGAAGCAGAGCUACAAGAGAUGAGAGGAGAAAUAAGGAAACUGAAAGGCGAGAUUGCGAGGAAGGAUGCGUCAAUUGGAGGCUCUGGAGUCUCAAUUAUACACAGCUUGCAAUACAGCAGAAGCCAAAGAGCAAGCAGUCAAUGACCUCAAGAAACUAGUCUCUGAACUGGAGCAGCAGAAUUCAUUGUACACUUCAGGAAGUCAGGCCUUUAAGUCCUCUUCACCUCUUUCACUUACCAUUGGUCCAAAAGCAGGGGAAAAGUCCCUGAAGGAGGAGCUGGAAGAAGCUGUUAGAAUCAAGCAG